AUGUCCGCCACCAAGCCCAUCGUUCUGUACGGUCACAUAGUCAUGAUUCUCAAGGAACUCGAUAUUCCAUACGAGACGAUCAAGGUGGAAAUCACGGACGUCAAGAAGGAAGCCUUCACGGCCAUCAACCCCAACGGCCGCCUCCCCGCCAUUACAGACCCGAACACAGGCAUCACCCUCUGGGAAUCGGGCGCAAUCAUCGAGUACCUCGUCGAGACGUACGACACCGAGAGCAGGCUGUCCUACACUUCGUUCCCCGAAAAGUUUCAUCUGAAGCAGUUCCUGGCGUUCCAGAUGUCUGGACAGGUAACGUCGUGCCCCCUACUCAUCCGCAACGACAACUCUGACGGACAACAGGGCCCCUAUUUUGGCCAGCUCGGGUGGUUCAAGAUGUUCCACCCCGAAGAUGUCCCGAGCGCCAAGGAGAGAUACGAGGAGCAGACUGUGCGCGUGCUGUCCGUCCUCGACCGCGUGCUCAAGGGGAGAGAGUAUCUCGUCGGCGACAAAGCGACCUACGUCGACAUCGCCUUCAUGCCCUGGGAUUACAUGGCCCGCCGCAUGCUCGGUGAUGCGUGGAACGACAAGUUCGCCAUCGACAAAGGGUACCCCGACUACGCAGCGUGGACGGAGAGAAUCAGGUCCCGGCCCGCCGUCGAGAAGACGCUUGCGGCGAUGAAGUCGGAGAGGGCCACGGAGGAGAGCAGCGACUAG